AUGCCAGAAAUAACUAUUACCGUUAAAAGUUCUAACGAUCAAAAGUAUAACGUAAAGAUAGACACUUCUAAAACGGUUUUAGAAUUCAAACAGGCAAUUGCUGAAAAAUGUGAUACUGCAGCAGAUAGACAAAGGUUAAUAUACUCUGGUAAAGUUUUAAAAGACGUUGAUACACUUGAAACUUAUAAAAUCGCAGACGGUCACACUGUUCAUAUGGUGAGGGGAUCUACACCAGCCGCCGCUGAUGGAUCUACACCAGCCGCGAAGCCUCAACGAGACACAACUACUCAGACUCCUCAAGCCACGCCAACCCCCGUUCCUUCUACAAACAAUACACCACCAAACCUAUUUGGAGGGUUAGGUGGAUUUCCUAGUAAUACAUACGGCGGAGGAAAUGUAGAUACAUUACAUUCAUUACUUAACAAUCCUACGACCAUGCAGUACAUGUCGCAAAUGUUGCAAGACCCUCGAUUCGUUGAUAAUGUGAUUGCUAUGAAUCCACAAUUUGCAUCAAUGGCACCACAAUUGAGACAAAUGAUGCAAGACCCAGAAUUUCAAGCACUCAUGUCAAAUCCUGAGGCACUUAGGAACAUGGCGGCUUUAUCUUCGUAUAUGGGGGGAGCUCCAGGACCUUUUACUGGAGGUAGUGGUUUAUCCGGAUUUGGUGGAUUGGGUGGAUUGGGUGGAUUAGGACAACCUAUUGGAAAUAAUCCCGCAACGACUACACAACCUUCUACAACAGACACGACUAAUCGAACAACAACCACAACAGGAGGUACAACACCUGGCAGUACAGCACCUAAUACAUCAACACCUGCAAUUAAUCCUUUUAGCUUCCUUAAUCCUGCCUUUGCUGCAGGUAACCCAAAUUCUACUCAACCUUCAAUGCCUGCUGGAUUUGAUCAAUCAUUUUUGUGGGGCCUCAACCCUCCAUCUACGCCACAACAACCUCCGGAAGAAAGAUUUCAGACGCAACUUCAACAAUUGAAUGAAAUGGGAUUUUGGGAUGCACAGAAAAAUAUCAGGGCAUUGCUGGCUUGUGGAGGAAAUGUCAACGCAGCUAUUGAAAUGUUAUUGUCUGUUGAUGACUGA